AGUCCUGACGUCACAGAUCCCGAGGUUGACACUAGUGAUGACCCCAAUGAUGACGAUGAUGUUGACAGGGAAACAGACACUGAAGACACCAGGAAUGACAACAAUGUUAUAACUGAAAGAAAGAAUAAGUCGGGUACUGGCAGUACUGGAGGUAUAGUAUCAGGGGUUGUAGUCACUCUCUUCCUUGUCCUGGUCUUGAUAGCGGCGGUAGUUGUGGUAAUCAUCUGCUUCAGAUGGAAGACCAAGCAAAUGGCGGUGAACACCAAACAGGUCAAUAUUAACCAGAACUACGAGUCACACGACAUGCUCCAAGAUGGGGAGAAACAUCUCGAUAACCCUGUGUACAGUUUCGGAAACGACCAGAAAGCUCCACAGCCUCAAACGGAUAAAGAUCCCGUGGAGCACGAGUUUGCGAACCCACUCUACUCUCUGGCAGAGGUUGAGAAGCCUCAGCGCAGCACCAUUGAUAUCUAUGCAGAUGAUGAUCCAGAGUAUGCAGUGCCAGAGAGGAAGGAUACGGCAGGAGAUGGUCACUGUCGGCAUACCCAGACCUUCCCAUUGGUGCCAGAUGGUCAUGUGGUGCGAUUCAACAGCCGGGAGUGUGAUACCGACUUUGACCACCUCCAGAGUCACGUUUUCUGUGAAGACAGCGGGUGGGGAGACGAGGAGGCAACAGUUGUUUGUAGAGACCAGUUGCAUUCACACUACGGCAUUGGAGGCUAUGUACACAUUGACCCAAUGGAGGUUGGCCUCCAGUACGUGAAUUGCUCAGGGAGUGAGGGGGCACUGGAGGAGUGUGCAGUAGCAGCAACCACAACAAUGACUCAGUGCUCUCAAGCUGGCAUCAUCAGGCAGUGCCUCAAUGUUUCACAGAUAUAUGUGUCGCAAACAGAGGACUAUGAACUGUUUGAUUAUGUGGAGGUAUCAGAGGGAGAAACUUCUAUAUUGGACCAAACGAUGGUAUAUAUUAGAGUAAGCACUUGUUUUAAAUAUGAUAUGAUGAUUUACUCAAUCAUAAGUGAAUGCAUCGAAGGCAAUGUGACAGGGUCAACUAAUGGCCAUCUUCAGUUGGUAGAGAUGUGUAACAGUGAUGGAGUAUGGUCUCCAAUCUGUGAUAAUGAAUGGACCCAAGAAGAUGCCACUGUCGUCUGCAGAGAACUCGGCUACCGAGGUUAAUAAUUGUUUUAUACUACCAUUGCCGUAUUUGGUUAACUAUUAGAUGCCUUUGUUUAACCUACCCUAUUAGAGAGUCGGUAGACUCUCUAUAUAGGGAUGACACGGGUGAAAUCU